GCAAUCUAGUUGACGUUAUUUCGUUGAAUAAGCUGGUGCAUAUUAUUAUCCAGAUUUUCAAAAUUUUAUGAUCAGUGCUUCUGACUCACUCCUCUAGGGUUGUCAGCGAUUCGAAAAUCGGGAUACAAUGAGUUUUUUAUACUGAAAUUAUCUAAACGAAGGUUAUUGAUCAUAGUUCUUUGAAAAUUUCUACUUAUCGCUGAAACGAUCACCUUAACACGUGGUUACACUACUCAGGUAGCAUGAAAUACUCGAGGCUUCUUGAAGCAAAGCAUAUACUUUGUUUAUAUAUGCGUUAAAAAACUACUCGUUUUGUAUCAGAAUGCGUGAUCUUACCGUCCAACUAACGUGAAUUUUGUACAGUAGUUUGCUGUUCACGAGACCUAACACUAUCAACGUUGAAAUGAAGUCAGUGUGCUAGGCGAACCAGGCAUACUUUUCAAAACAUGUUCCCGCUUAGUAAAAUUAAAUUUGAAAACUAUUAUGGAAGAGGAAGAUGAUUGGAGACAGUGUGCUGAAUGGUUAAAUAGAUGUCAAGUUAUCCCGGAUGAUCAUCCGGCUCUGGGGCCAGAUGGUAAUGCGAUUCACUUGGUUCAGGCCUUAAUGGACGGAGUUGCUUUAUGCCAUCUUUUAAGUACAUUAUCAAACCAUGAGUUGGAUAUAAGAUCGAUGAAAGAUUUUAGCCAUAUGCCACAAAAUUCUCAGUUUUUAUGUUUUCAAAAUCUUCGACUAUUUACACAGUUAUGUGAAAAAGAAUUUGAUAUUCCCAGAAAUUUGCUAUUUCAACCUGGUGAUAUUUAUCAUGCUAAAAAUUUUGGGAAAGCGAUUGCAACUUUAUCAAAAUUAUCAUACUCAAGAAGAGCACAGUUAACUGGAAUACCUGGUUUUCCACCAGAAAAUUCAAAGCUACAAUCAACUCAUGAAUAUUAUAAUAAUCUUGAGGAAAUCGCUGCUGCAAUGAAUAAAUUACCUGACUCUGGAAAACCAAAUUAUACUCAAAUGGAAGAGGAAAAUAAAGAAAAACUGUAUGAUACAGUGGUGUAUCAAGGUUCAAAAUCUCGUCUAAAUUUGGACUCUGAACCAACAACUGCACGAGCGUAUUGUAUUCGCGAAAUAGUGGAUACAGAAAAAAAUUACGUAGAUGUGUUGAAAAUGUUAAUUGAGAAGUACAAGCAUCCGCUUAUUGGAGUUCUUUCGCACAACGAAAUUGAAGAGAUUUUCAAGUACAUUGAGGAAUUACAUACUAUUCAUAGAGAGUUUUUAAGUAAUCUGAGUUUGGCAACUAGUGCAACUGUGAAUUUCCUUAGUUUAAGUGAUGUUUUUCUUAAAACUCGAGAUAAUCUUCUCAUAUAUGGAGAAUAUUGUGGUCAUUUACAACAUGCUCAAAAUUUAGUUUAUGAAAUUAUGCGAAAUGAUGUAGAAAAACGUAACAAAAUAGAAUUAUGUCAGUCAAAUUCAGAGAAAUACAAUAAAUUCGCUUUGGCUGAAUUACUUACAAUACCAAUCCAACGCGUUUUGAAAUAUCAUCUUCUGUUAGAGCAUCUAUGUAAACUCACUCCAGCUGAUCACUAUGAUCGUCCUGAUCUAACUGUAGCUCACGAAGCUAUGCGUGAAGUUGCAUUAUCUAUCAACGAUGUUAAACGAGAUCUUGACACGAUUAGCUCGAUUGAUCAAAUUCAAUCCAGUUUACUUGAAAUAAUGCUGGUGAGUAGUAGUAGUGUGAUAUUUUCAUGA